AUGUCCGAUACUCCAGCAGUAGCCGUCAUGCCCACAUCCAUUUCUUCACGUUUCAACCCGCUCACCAUCCCCGAGAUCAUCGCCAUGAUCGGCCAGCUGAUCCCUCUCACACACAGAGCAACCUAUACCGAUCCCUUCAACCCAACCCGCACUACCACAACCUUCAUCUUUGCCCCAAGGGACCUCCUCGCCUGCACGGCCGUCUCCCGCGCCUGGCGUCGGGUCCUCCUCCCGAUCCUCUGGCGGUCCUACGAUAGCGCCCUCAUGCGCUACGUGCCCCUGGCGGCUCUGCAGAUCAAUAGUGUCCAUUUCCAAUCGUUUAGGGAUCAGUUUGGGCACCAUCAUCCCGGGCCGUUCUACUCGACCAAUCUGAGGCGGCUUAUUAUCUCGCAGCAGCACAGCUGGACCGUGCCGUUCAUGCUCUCCAAUCCUGGGCUACAGCACCUUACCUGGACAGGGCUGGGGCAUCCUUUCCUGGAUAGGGAGUACUCUGCAUUGAUGAAGCUCGCCAAUUUGAGGGAUCUCUGUCUGUCGAACUGGAACCUUAUCGGUCGACAAUUGGCCUUGGUCCUCUGUGCGAGCCCUCAACUGUCGCGACUCAGCUUGAGCUCUAUCGAUGGUGUUCAGGAUCUGGAGGGGAUGUCGACCCUCUAUGCGCUGGAGGAGAUCAGUCUCGGCUUUGUGCCGCUGAACAGCCUAUGUUUACUAGACCUGGAUUUUAAGCACCUGCAGUCGUCUCCAGGUGUUCCGGUUGUCGAGUGCCGAAGACGUGAUCGAGACGGAUGCUGUACUCGGACUAUUCGCGACUCCCUGGGCAUGCCUUGGACUAGAGGUCUUGUCGCUCGACCAGAUCUCGUUGGUUGCAGGGUGGAAGCAAGAUCGACAGAAUUCGAUGGUGGACACGUUUGA